GAGCCGGACCGAACCGCCCGUAGGUCGCCACCUGGGCUUCUAGUCGCGAUGGUGGGCUCUGUGGGACCCAAGUCCAGCCCCGUCUUCCUGCUCGGGUUUCUGCUCUGGGUUCUGCAAUGCUACUGCGCCUGGGCUGCGCCUCUCGGCGACUUCGGUGCUAUCUCUCUUAGCUUUAAUUUCACCAUUACUCCUCAUGGACAACCAUGGUGUAAGAUUCAAGGCCAGAUCAAUGGAAAUGCAUUUCUUGAUUAUAACUGUAAUAGCCAGAAGAAUGCCAAAGAGGCCUGGGAGAGACAGACUACAACUCUAAAAGGCCUGCUGGAAGAGUUCAAAAUGAAACUGCUUGCCAUUAAAACAAAAAUUAUUAAAGUCAUUGAUUCUUUCUCCCUGCAGGGCACCAUAAUGUGUAAGCAGGAAUCCAAUGGACACAUCAGCGUUUCCUGGGAGUUUGGCUUUGAUGGACAUAAAUCUCUCCUCUUUGACACGGAGAACAAAAGCUUCACAGUGUUGCGACCUGAAGGGGAACUGUUAAAGGAGUCAUUGGAGAGUGACAGAGCUAUGAUUGGUGACCUUGUUAGUAUGUCUAAAGACUGUAGAGACUGGCUUCUACAAGUUUCCAGAGCCCAGGGUGAAGUUCUGAGCACAAAAGCUCCAUCAACCACAGCCACAGUUCCAUCCAGCGCCACAACCAUGCCCAUCACUUCCAUCCUUCCUGUGAUCCUCAUCAGCUUGAUCAUAGUCGGUGUCCUCGGCUGA